AUGCCUGAAAUAAUCGGUGACUAUCAGUAUAGCAAACGAGAUUUGAUUGGACAUGGUGCAUUUGCUAUUGUAUUUCUUGGUCAUUCGAGAUCUAAUCCUGAACAACUUGUUGCUAUAAAACAAAUAACAAAAAAACACUUGGCAAAAUCCCAAAGUUUACUUGAAAAAGAAAUUAAAAUUCUUAAAGAAUUAACAAAACUUAAACAUGAAAAUCUAGUUGCAUUACUCGAUUGCAAAGAAUCUCAAAAUAAUGUUUAUCUUGUUAUGGAGUAUUGCAAUGGCGGUGAUCUUGCUGAUUAUCUUCAGACAAGACAAACACUUAGUGAAGAAACAAUUGCUAUAUUUUUUCGACAAAUAGCUGCUGCAAUUCAUGCUUGUCAUGAACAGAAUGUUGUUCAUCGAGAUUUAAAACCUCAGAAUAUUCUUUUAUCAUAUCCAGAUAAAACUAAUCCACGUGUACAAGAUGCAAUACUAAAAAUAGCUGAUUUUGGUUUUGCAAGAUUCCUAUCUGAUGGUGUUAUGGCAGGUACAUUAUGUGGUUCUCCAAUGUAUAUGGCGCCUGAAGUUAUUCGAUCAUUACAAUAUGAUGGAAAAGCUGAUUUAUGGUCGGUUGGUACAAUAAUGUAUCAAUGUUUAACAGGUAAAGCUCCAUUUCAAGCUCAAACACCACAAGCACUUAAACAAUAUUAUGAACGAAAUGUUAAUUUAUCACCUGUAAUUCCUCCAACAACAUCACCAGAAUUAGGAGAUUUACUAAGACGAAUAUUAAAACGGAACCCAAAAGAACGUAUUGAUUUUGAAGACUUUUUUAAUCAUCCAUUUUUAAGACAGAGUCAAUCUGUAAAUAUACUACAAACAUCAAAUUUAAAUGUAAUUAGUUCAUCAAUAUUACGAGACGGGACAUGGUCUCAAGGACAAAAUCUUAAUGAGAUGAAUCCGCGACAAUUCAAUCGUCAAAUUGAAACAAUUCCUGAACAUGAAUCAGUUAUGCUACCAAAUACAGUACCAACAGUACAAUCAAAAAAGAAUAAUAAUAAUAAUCAGUCACCAUCACUUGAUAUUAGUGCUCCAAUAAAUACAAAUAAAUCUUUAGUCAAGCGUCCAGUUAAUCAAACAGUACCAGUUGCAACUAAAAUCGAUACAUUUUCACCUAUUUCAGAACAAGGUACUACAGAAAAAACUCUUCUUGCUGGUAAUCAUACAUCAUUUGCUCAGAUUUCACGAGAUAAACGUAUAAUUCAAGAACAACAACCUGUUGUUACUUUAAAUCAAACAGAACCAUCAUCAUCAUCAUCAUCAUCAUCGCGUUUAGAUAAUCUUGCAUUAACAGCCAUUGAAAAUACUACUUCAGUUAAACCAACACGAAUUUCCGGUGUUACUCAGCCAAUACCUGUUCCAACACAAGUUCAUAAUUUUGAAAAAAUGCAAGAAUCAAGAGAUAGAGCUAAAAGUUUCGGUGAAACAGCAACUGGUAGUCCAUCUGAUGACAGACGCGCAUCCAUAGAUCGUCUUCGUCGAGCAAGUAUGGCUUCGUCUAAUUCUGAUCUUGCCAACUCAAUUAGUCCACCAACUGUACGAUUUACAAUUGAUACAGCAGCUAUUGCAGCACAUCCAUUUAAUUUAUCACCAGCAACACGUAAAAAGAGCCCACCGGAAUCAUCAAAAACAAUUCAAAAUUCAGUUUCUAAUUCAAAUCUUACUCAACAACUUAAUUCGAAAUUAAAUCUUGAUACACCUACAGUUAAGUCCCAUAAAAAAUUGAUUGAUAUCGAUAAUCCACAUGAUCGUCUUUUUGAGCAAGAAAAUAAUAUCGAGAUUUUUACGAAAAAUACUGAUCAACCAACAACACCAGAACUAAAUCAUCAACGUGUUACUGCAAUUUUUGGUGAUUCAAAACCUGAAGGUUAUUAUUACGAACCACGAAAAAUUACUGAGGACACAUUAAUGAAUAGUGAACAUCAUGAUACACUUAGCAAACUUCAAUUUAUUCUGCAAUUAGUUGAAUAUAUUUUAAGUUUAGCUAGUUCUCGUUCAAGUUUAUUAACGGAAUCAAUAAGUUUGAAUAAUAAGAACACUAACAAUAAUGUUCGACCAAAAGUGGAUCGACUUAGUCAUGUUGAUGAUUUAUAUAAACGUGCUGAACAAUUAACACUUUAUGUUAAAGCAAUGCAUUUUCUUAGUUCAGCUUUGUGUCUUGCUCGUGAUACACUAAAAUCAGGAAGAUUACAGCCAACAGCUAUAGUUCGAACUGCCGUUAGUGAUUUAAAUAAUAAAUAUAAAUAUUGUUUAAUUAUGUGUAAACAAUUAAGUACACAAGAAGAACUUGUAUCACGUGAUGAAAUGAAAGGUGUUUCAUUAACUGCUGAUAAAUUACUUUAUUUACAUGCUAUUGAACUAUGCUUAAAUGCAGCUAGUUUAGAAUUUUUUGGUAAAGCUCAAGAAUGUGUUCAACCAUAUACUGAAGCUCAAGUUUUAUUUCAUUGUUUAAGUCAACAAGCAAUGACUGAUUGUGAUCGAUUAAUUUUGCAACAAUAUCGUGAAGCUGUCGAACGACGUUUACAUUGUCUUCAAAAUCAGGGACUUACGACGGCCAAUGAGCCAGCCACAUCAUCAAAUGUCACUUCUUGA